AUGGACAUCUAUAAACAAAAGAUAGAUUCAUUAGUUGAUAGUUUUAAACAAUUAACACGUUCUCAAAUUGAAAUAGUUUAUGGGUUCUUUCAUAAUGACUUUGAUAAGACAUCAAAGUGUUUAAUGGAAAUCAUCGAUGAUAUUAAAACAUCAAUCCCAUUAACAAAUUAUAAAAUUACAUUUGAAUCAGAUCAAAAACAAUUACCAGUUAUUCCUGAACAAUUGAAGUUUGUUAAAUACAAAAAGUACCGUUUUAUGACUAUUGAACCGAUUAAAAAAAAUGGUUAUAAUCACUGUAUUGGAUCAGUUUACUUUACUAAGUUUGAAAAGAUGUCACCUGCAGUGUUUGGGAAUAAACACCAAAAUAAAACAAUGAAUGAAAAAGAUGAAGUAAUUGAAAACGAUAAUGUUGAGAUUCAAGUAUUAGGUAGUUCGAGUUGUAUUGAUAAAGAUGAAACUUCUAAUACUAAAAUAGAUGAUGCACUUAGUAAAAAUGGGACUAAAGAAGGAAAAAGUAUAAAUGAAAAAGAUAUUAUAAAAACAAUUAAUCCAACAUUAACAGUUGAUGAAAUCCAUCUAUGCCAACAAGAAAAUACUAUUUUGGAUCAUAUAAUUGAAGAAUAUAUCAAUAAUAAGACAGUAUCAACUAUACCAACAUUUUCACCAAUUUGUAUAUCACCAAAUGAAGAUAAUUCCAUAGAAAUGGAAGUAAAAAAUAAGAAUGAAAAUGUUUUAAUUAAAUACACAAUUCCAAGAAAGAUAAAGUAUGAGAAUAUCUGGAUAGGAAUAUACGAUAGAUAUGAAACAAAUUUACAUAACUUUAUUAAAAGAAUUGAAUUAAAAGACAAAAUAACUGGAAAGAUUCAAUUUAAUGAGAUUAAAAGAGGGAAAUAUACUGUUCGAAUUUUUGUUAGUGAAACAAAUGAAGGAAGUUUUCAACCUAGAAGUAGUUGUGAUGUAGUUGUUGGACCAAUUGUUUUCAUGACAUGCAAUAUUGUUUGUUAUAAUAGCAAAAGAAUGUUAGAAGUAAGAGUAAGUGAAGAAGGAGAAAUGGGAUGGAUAGGAAUCUAUCCACAUCAUCCAACAACAAGAAAUGAAGACUACAUCAUUUGUACACCAAUGAGAAUGAAUUAUCCAAUAGAAAUGAAUAUAACAGAACUUAAAAAAGGAACUUAUGAAUGUCGUUAUUUUAGCAAAGAAUCAGGAGAUGGAAUGUUUAGUAAAAGUUAUCAUUGCUCAGGUUCAAAAAUAUUAAACAUAGAUUAA